ACAUUUCUACUAAUUAGUAUUGCUUAGUGUCUCACCAGCCUUCAGUGUUAGGGUUGAAUGAUGCUGUUGUGGAGAUUGUCAGUGAUUAAUUGGUUGUUUAUCAAUACAGUGCUGGGGAAACAGGAAUAUAAUGACAUCCAGAGGAUUUUUCUCAGAACAUUCGCGCACCAGGGUGCAACACUACCCCCCGCUCAUCCCAUGCAAGGAGAACCUACUAAUUCGAUCCUAUACUUAACUCCUCCCCCUACACCUCAACCUCAAUACACUGAACUGCCUAUCAAACAAUAUAUCAAACCAAUUGUCACACCCACAACUCCGACUACAGUAUCUAAAACCAGCCCCGAGAGCCUAAGGUAUGAUACUACUGGAGACAACGUUUUUCAACCUACUCAAAAUAUUCGUCCUUCUCCUCCACCUAAGCCACCAAGCUCUGAAGGAACAAAGGAUCCAAUCGAACCUGAAAUAGCUUCGAAAUCGAUCAAGAAUAUAGUUCCCGAAUAUCCAACUGAUGAAGGAAACUCUGAUUUAAAAACUACGACAAAACCUGAAACCUUAACUGUUAAAAAAGCUGCUCCAGUUACAUCUGAAUCCUAUAGAAAACCAGGUCCUCCUGAGAAAACUGGACCAAUCCAACCCAGUUCGAUUAAAUAUAGUACUCCUAUCACUAUAACUCCUCUCACUAAAACUCCAAAAAUCCUUAACGUGAAGGAUACUAGUGAGGAUGGGCCUGAUACCGGAGUAGAUUCAAAAAAUGAUCUCGAGCUGGCAACCAAACCUCCUUUACUCAAUAAAGAAACUUAUGAACCUCCUGAACCAAAUCCUUUCUACAGGAGAUAUACAGAAGAUUCUGGUCAAUAUAUUCCUUCUCCAGCUGUUAUUCGGAAUUGGGCGCGAGAAUAUGAAAAUGAGCAGAAGAAGUAUUUAGAAAACUACAAAAAUAGGGGAUCAGAAUUUCUGGCCAGCGAUGCCUUCCAUCCUGAAAAUCAUUUCGCUCGGAAGUCGCUUUACAACACGAGUAAAAUGGAUUUGGGUUACCUGAAUGUUCCAUUGAUGUCUGAUAAAGGAAAACUGGAGUAUAAUACACUCAGAGGAACUCCUCAUGGUCGGCAUCUUCUUCUCAUCAGUUUACUUCAAGAUCUUAAUUAUGCUUACUGGGAACCAAGAUGUUCUGGUAUGAUCCGACUGUAUUUGCCCGACUCAUUGAAAGGUCCUGAACAGCCAAAUCCAGUAAAGGGUGCUAUUAUCUUACCACAAAUUGUGAAGAAUGGAAAAAUCAUGUAUAGAGACGAAUUAAUUGAAGAGUUUAAACGAUACGCUUUCAGUGAGUACAAUAAAACUGAACAACUCUCCAGUUUUAAUUUGAAUCACCAGCUUGCUGUCAAAUCUAUGGUUCAGCUUGCAUUAAGUAUGGAGACGUUUGAUUCCACUCUGUCCUUACUGGUUGCUCUCAAGGAAUUGGUUAAUCCUAAAAUCUUCAGCGAAUCCGUAGUUACAGUCGUGGACAGCAGGGAUGACGUUGGAUUCAUUUUACCUUCACUCUUUUCAAUUAAUCCGUUUGAUUACUUUCCAAUCCAAAGAUUUCAAGAAGAAUAUUCACGCAAACCAACGUACUCUAAAGAGUAUUUUGGUCCAGAUAGAGAUAUUGAAAAUACUGCUGAUAGCAACACACUUUAUCCUUACAACUCUACUUCACAACAUUUCAGGUCUAAGAGGCAGGUCUGGGGUUUACCAAGAGUGCCGAUGCAACCAGGGAUGUUUCCUCCAGGACCUAGUCCUGACCAGGGUAUACCAGGGGUCUGGAGACUAAACUGGGGAGACGGAAUAUUCAGAACUAUUUCUCCUGCAGACCCAGAGAGCCGGCUCUGGUAUUUCAGAGAGGAUCCGAUGGUGAACUCUCACCACCUUCAUUGGCAUUUAAAGAUGAGCAAUAAUAGAGUUCCAGAAUGGCAUCCUUCCAAUGGGAUGAAUAUGGAUAGACGUGGAGAGAUGUUUGUAUUUAUGCAUAAACAGAUGCUUACCAGAUACAAUGCUGAUAGAUUAGCUUUAGGACUACCCCUCACCACGAGUUUAACAAGUGUUGAAUGGAGAGGUCCUCUGUAUCCAGGAUAUGACUCCAAGUUGACCGAAGCAUCAGGGCGUUCUUAUCCACCUCGUCCUCAUGGAGCCAGAAUACCAGAUAUUAGUGGAAUGAUGAGAGCAGAAAAUGCCAUCAGAGAAGCAUUUAGAAGAGGACAGUUACUUUCCCCUCGUGGCCCAGUCACACUUGGAUACUAUAACGGAGUGGACCAGGGAAUCGAUGCUAUAGGAAAUGCUAUGGAAGCUUUUGAGCAGAGUCCUAUUUAUGGAAACCUUCAUAACGACGGGCAUGAACAAAUUUCCAGGAUGCAUGGUAUGGAUGGAAGAUUGGGUGUAAUGGGAAACCCAAAUGCUGCAAUGCGUGAUCCUCUCUUCUACAGAUGGCAUAAGUAUAUUGACGAUCUGAUUCAAGAGUACAAGAACCGUCUACCAUCAUACGGUGAUCUAGAACUUGGUUUCCCUGGAGUUGAAAUAACUGGUGCACAUGUUCAGUCCGAGAUGGGGACCAGUGCCAACACAUUGUACACCUUUAUGGAAACCUCAAACAUCAGAAUUCAGAGCUUGGAUCUUCAGGCAAACUCUGUUGGUUCUGUUAACGUUGUUUAUGAUCGAUUAAAUCAUAUUCCCUUCACAUAUCAUUUCAACAUUCGAAGUGCGCAGAGAUCUCAGGGUAUAGUUCGGAUAUUUUUAAUCCCCGCAGGAAUUAGGUUACCGACACAUACUGAUAUUACUCAGGUUUCUAUAGAAAUGGAUAGGUUCCUAGUUCAGCUCAAAUCUGGAGAUAAUUACUUCAAGAGGGAUUCCAAUAGGUCGCCUUUCAUCACCAAGUCUCCGCUUCCCCUCGGAGAACUUCAGGAUAGAUUACUCCAGGGUAGUGUUACUGAAGACGAGUUUAACUGGGCAGGAUGCGGAUGGCCUGAGACAAUGGUUCUACCGCGAGGAAGAGAAGGGGGGAUGGGGUUCAGGAUGUACAUGAUGAUUAGUCAGAUAUUGCCCGGAGAUAGAGCAAUGACUGCAAAUUGGGAGAGUUUACGGUAUAGUUCUUGGUCUUGGUGUGGAGUUAGAAGAAAUGAGGGGGAUGUUCCAGAUAGUAGGCCUAUGGGAUUCCCACUGGACAGGCGACCUCUCAACGGUAAUUGGCAAAGUUUAAUGUUUAACAGCAGCGGAGUGAGAAGAUCAAACCACUUCUCCGUGGAUAUUACAAUAAGCCAUGAGAAUACUCGAGAAUCUUCCUGGCAGUAAAAAAUGUGCUGAUAUGCCAUGAUCAGGAAUUGUUGUAUUGAUAUAUGUAUGUAAUAAUAUGUAUAAUACUUG